AUGUGUCAUGCAGUGAGAAGGUCCUUCACGCUUUUCUCUUCUACCCAAUUGAUUCCAAGGAAGAUUCCAGCCUCCUCCCUUGCCUUGCCCCGACCCGGACCCGGCUUUUUGAGAUCUAUAAAAUCCCGUUUAUCAGGUGAUAACAAUUAUUACAUCACACUACCGGAAAUUUGUGGAGCGCAUCAAAAGAUGACAAUCUCUUCUGGUGAAAGCAGCACUUGUUCUCUGUCUCAACUUGCUCCUAUUGAGGCUGUGCUAUUUGACGUGGAUGGAACUUUGUGUGAUUCAGAUCCCAUCCACUAUUAUGCUUUCUGUGAAAUGCUUCCAGAGAUUGGCUUCAAUGGUGGCGUCCCAAUUGAUAGAGAAUUCUACAUCAAGCAUUUUGCUGGGAAGCACAAUGAUGAAAUUGCUUCUUUUCUUUUCCCUGAUGAUUUUGAAAGGGGUGUAAAAUUUUGUGAAGAGAAGGAAAAUAUGUUCAGAAGGUUGGCUGAGGAGAAGUUGAAAGCUGUAGAUGGUUUGUACAAAGUGAUAAAAUGGGUUGAAGACCGUGGUCUGAAAAGAGCUGCUGUUACUAAUGCUCCCAAACCAAAUGCUGAAUUUAUGAUCUCGACUCUUGGACUGUCAGAUUUCUUCCAUACCGUAGUUCUUGGAAGUGACUGUGAACAUGCUAAACCAUUCCCAGAUGCCUAUUUGAAGGCACUUGAAAUUCUCAACGUCUCGAAGGAUCACACAUUUGUAUUCGAGGAUUCUCUUUCGGGAAUAAAAGCUGGGGUUGCGGCAGGGUUGCCUGUUAUUGGCUUGACAACAGGAAAUCCGGCACACUUGCUGAUGGAAGCAAAGCCCACCUUUCUAAUUAAAGAUUACGAAGAUCCAAAGCUUUGGGCAGUUUUGGAAGAGCUUGAUAGCAUUGGAGGUGUGACAAAAGGUGCAGCAGCUUAA